GGUGGGCGUGUCUGAAGGAUGGGCAUGUCUUGGUCACUGUUUCAGAGGUGGAAUCCCAGGGUGAUUCCAUGGACUUUGUACCCAGGACACUACUUCAGCCAAAGAAUCCUCUGGGUCUCCUAGAAGUCACAAGACACACAGCCACAGACACAUUCACAGAGACAGAUACACACACACAUCCACACAGACACACACACAGGCAUGCACUCACAUACACAGAUAGGAACACACAAAUACACGCACAGACACGCAUACACACAGAGACACACAGACUCGCGCACACACACCCUUCCUUCUCUCUGGGUUCUCUGACAGGCCCCACCCCCUCCACCCCCAUGCCUACCUGCUCACAGAGGCUCGAGGGAUGGGACCAGGCUGGGUGGGUCCCCUCCCCUGGUAGACAGGGGCCCAGUCUCUACCUCUGCCCUUGGUCUGUGGGCUAGCUGCAGCCCACAGCUGGAGUUCCUGUACCACAUCUUCCUCCAGGUGCUUUAGGGCCCUGGGGGAUGCUAAGUGGCUGGCCACUGGGCCAUGGGUCUCAGAGGGUGCACUUGGGAGGGGUGCCCCUGAACCAACACGUCUUCUAGGGCUGGAUCUGCUGCCACUCUCUGUGACAUUCCUGCUGUGCUUCUGGGAGGUUCAGUACGGCAUCCUGGCUGGGACUCUGGUGUCUUUGCUCAUUCUCCUGCACUUUGUGGCUAGGCCCAAGACCCAGGUGUCAGAAGGACGCAUUCUUGUCCUGCAGCCAGCCAGUGGCCUGCACUUCCCUGCAAUUGAUGCCCUACGAGAGGCAAUAAUGAACCGGGCACUGGAAGGUGACAGUCCUAGGGCAUGGUCUCUUGAUGGCCUUCCGUCAACCCUGCCAUGGCUGCAGAGAACAUGUUUGGCCGGUGCGAUGGCAGACUCUUGGCCUGUCUCCCCAGCACCCCUACCACGCUGCGCGGUCCUGGAGUGCACGCAUGUCAGCUGCAUAGACUACACCGUGGUUGUGGGACUCAGUGAGCUCCUGGAGGACUUCCAGAAACGGGGUGUCACCCUGGCCUUCGUUGGCCUGCAGGUGCCUGUGCUUCGCACACUGUUGGCUGCUGACCUGAAGGGGCUCCAGUACUUCACUACUCUGGAGGAGGCCGAGAAAUGCCUACAGCAGGAACCAGGGCCUCAGCCCCACGCCGACCUCGAAGACUCUGUCCAGAGCCCAGGAUCUCCCUGCUCAAGUCUUAGCCGGGCCCCUGAAGGGCAGCUGGGGUAGAAGGGCCUCUGGAAGGUGCUGUCACUGUGAUUGAUGUUGAUGUCACUUGACAGACUCACCACUGGUGGGACUGAAAAGGGCCACACAGCUGGCUCUGGAAAAGAGUAGGGAGCCCGUGAUUUUCCUGCUGUCCCCAAGCCGUGAGAAUUUGGGGGGUGGGGUGGGGAUGAAGACUCAUCUUCCAGAGAGAGGGUCCAGGUGAGACAGGAGGACCAUGGCUUCUGGCCUGGGUUGGCCAGGGAAAACUGGAGCUUUCCAGAUCCCGAAUUCCUCUUUGGAACCAGGCUCUAUUGGAGAAGAGUCGGGAAGGGUCGGGCAUCUCAGAUGUGAGUGACUGUGGUUCGGGGGACGAAGCUGAGCUGAAGAGGUGACACCGUGUGCUGUGCACAGUGAAGUUUGUUUAAAAUGGAAGUCUUAAAAUUGUGUCUUAAAAUGGAAGUCAGCACUUUUGUGUUUUUUUUAAAAAAGGCAAAACAUUUAUGCUUGUUCAGAAAAAAAUCCGAGGCAGAGUCAGGCAGAUCUCUAUGAUUCAGGACUGCCUCCAAAGCCACAGAGAAACCCUGUCUCGAACUCCCCCCUUCAAAAAAAGAAAGAAAAUCCAAGAACUCAUCUAUCCGAUUCACUGUCCCCUUCACCUGAGGUCUCUACCCAGGACAGGUGCGCAUCUGUCAGUGUGCAUAAUGCCCCCAUCUUACGUGAGCCAAAUCACUACAUCAAAGUGCUUUGUCAAUUGUCUUCACGAAGUCAUUACUGUGAGAUAUUUAUUGUGAUGAUCAGUGUUAUUAAAAUACAAGAUUUUUAUUCUGUG